CUCUCAGACAUACAUACAUAUUCACAAGCAUACAUACAGUAUAUAUAUAUUUAAAUAUAUAUAUAAAUAUAUAUAUAUUGAGAGAGAGAGACAUAGAUACAGAGAUAGGUGUUUUGAAGAUUAUAAGAACUAGGUGAAAGUGAAAGAAAACUUUUAUUGACACCAGGUGUCAGGUAAAUCAAUAAAAAUUCAAUAUGGAGACCAAUGAUAUCAAACAUGUAGCAAUUAUUGGAGGCGGUUUGGUUGGGUCCUUGAAUGCUUGUUUCAUGGCUAAACGUGGAUUUAAGGUUUCACUGUAUGAAUUACGUAAAGACAUCAGAAAAGAAGCCCAUGUAAGUGGCCGGAGUAUAAACUUGGCCCUUUCUGAACGGGGUUUGUCAGCACUAAAUGAGGUGGGGCUGCGAGAGAAGGUCAGACCCUUUGGCAUCCCUAUGUAUGCGCGAAUGAUACACAAUAGGGAUAGCACCAAGAGGAGGAUCCCCUACGGCAGAGAAAAUCAAUUUAUCAUGUCUAUUGACAGAAGAAAGCUGAAUGAGUUACUACUAACAGUGUCUGAGUCACAACCCAAUGUUGAAUUGCAUUUCGAACAUAAACUGAAGCAAUGUUCUUUCAAUGGUAAACCUAAGGCAAUUUUUGAAACACCUUCAAAAGAAACUGUUGAGCAAGAUUUUGAUGUAGUGUUUGGCAAUGAUGGAGCUUUCUCUGCUGUCCGGAACCAAAUUAUGAAAACAACGAAGUUUGAUUUCCAGCAGAAGUUCAUUCCACAUGGCUACAUGGAAUUAAGCAUUCCACCUAACGAGGAGGGACAAUUUGCCAUGGAAUCGAACUGUCUUCAUAUCUGGCCCCGUGAUGAAUUCAUGAUGAUUUCCCUGCCAAAUUUAGACAAGUCCUUCACUACCACACUUUUUAUGCCAUUCGAGUUGUUUGAAACAUUACACACAAAAGACGAUUUGCUGAAUUUUUUCGAGAAAACCUUCCCAGAUUCUUUACCGCUGAUUGGACGAAAAUCCCUUGUUGAAACAUUCUUCAGUCGAAAAGCUCUUCCAAUGGUAACAGUCAAGUGCCACCCUUACAACGUGGGAGGUAAAGCAGCCAUCAUGGGAGAUGCAGCUCAUGCAAUGGUACCGUUCUAUGGACAAGGCAUGAAUGCUGGAUUUGAAGACUGCAUUGUCAUGAGUCAGUUCCUUGACGAAUAUAAAAAUGAUUUCGAUGAAGCGUUACCAAAAUACACUGAGUUUCGACAUGUUGACGCUGUGUCCAUUUGUGAUUUAGCCAUGUAUAAUUAUGUUGAGAUGCGGUCCUUGGUGAAUUCUAAAUUAUUUCUGGUGAGGAAACUUGUGGACAACCUUCUCAAUAAACUGUUCCCCCAUCACUGGAUUCCACUCUACUCAAUGGUCAGCUUUUCCAGGAUUCGUUACCAUGAAUGUAUUGCUAAGAAAAAAUGGCAGGACCAGUUGCUGCUGAAGACUGGGAAGUUACUCACUUUGGUCACCUGCUUUGGUACCUGUACAUGGAUGCUCCAGGAACAUGUACUCCACUUCAUACAGGACACACUCCCCUUUUAAACUCACAUGACAACACAUUCCACCACCAGCAUCAAAUGACAAACAAAUAUUACAAUAAAUGAGAAAUAGACAAAAACAAACAAACAAAAUAAAACACUAUACCAAAACUGAUGUGCAAAUAUCUAUAUGUACACAUACACACACACACACACAUGCAUACCUACCGACAUAUACUAAUAUGCAUACACUCCACACAUGAAUAGAUAUACAUUUUAAUUUUUUUAUUUUUAUUAUUAUUUUGUAUUUUUUUUGUAACUUUUGUAACUGUCUACCAAUGAAAAAUAAAGAGGUAUGUGUGUGUGUAUAUAUAUGUGUGUGUAUAUAUGGACACACGCGUAUGCAAAACAA